CUGGUUUGGAUUGAGUCACCAACAAAUCCACUCAUAAAAGUAGCGGACAUCGAAGCGAUUGCAAAAAUAUGCCAUCAGGCCGGAGAUAUAAUUGUAGCGGUAGACAAUACAUUUCUUACCUCAUACUUUCAAAGACCUCUCGAUUUGGGGGCGGACCUAGUUUGCUAUUCAUUAACAAAAUAUAUGAAUGGACAUACGGAUGUUGUUAUGGGCGGAAUAACAAUGAACUCUGAUGAUCUAUAUAAUAGAUUAAAAUUUUUACAAAACGCGGUUGGUAUCGUUCCAUCUCCGUUUGAUUGCUAUCAAGUUAAUCGUAGUCUGAAAACAUUAUCAUUGCGCAUGCAAAAGCAUCAGCAAAAUGCACUCGAGAUUGCAAAAUUUCUUGAAUCGCAUAAUUUUGUUGAAAAAGUUCUCCAUCCAGCACUGCAAUCCCAUCCCCAUCAUGCUAUUGCUCUUAAACAAACAUAUGGCUACAGUGGAGUGUUUUCCUUUUAUAUAAAAGGAUCCCUAAAGCAUUCCACAGCAUUUUUAAAAGCCCUAAAAGUGUUCACAUUGGCCGAGAGUCUUGGAGGAUAUGAGAGUUUGGCUGAACUACCAUCUAUCAUGACACACGCCUCUGUUCCUUUUGAAGACCGAAAAGCGUUGGGUAUUACUGAUGCUCUUAUUCGUUUGUCCGUCGGACUAGAGGACUCGGAUGAUUUAAUAAAUGAUCUUCGUUGUGCCUUGGAUAUAUCAGCCAAAGUUGAAACCUAAAAAAAAAAAAAAUUUACGUG